AUGAAGUUCAGAAGCUGGCGCACUGCGAUGGAAACGAAGCUGAGAGCUAGCGCGGAUCACUGUUCGACCCCUGAACUCCGCAAGACAUACGUUGCUAGUCGACUGACCGGCGCUGCCUAUGAUCAGAUUGUCCUCGGAUUGAACGACGACGGUGAUGAAGACGCCUCCUUCGACGAUGGUGCUGAAUUUAUCCGUCUCGCGAACGACGCACAAGUUCCUCGCAACAAACGUGUGAAGCUCUUGCAUCGAAAGCUUACUCCUAAGCUACAGCACAAGCUUGUCGGAAAGGCUUCUAAGACCGCUACGAAGACCACCGCGAAUGCGAAGCCUCCUACCGCGAACCUGUCCGCUCGGAACCAGAAGUCGACAAGCUCUGCGCCUUCCUCCUUUCCCCGUCUCGACGUGGCCGAAAUGAUCAAACGGAAGUCCGAAGGUCGUUCUUUCGAAUACAACGAGGUAGGACAUAUGGGCAAGCAUUUUCCAAAGCGUGCGCUACGCUUUGUUACCGAAGCAAAAGCAAAAGCUCUCGUGGCUGUUCACCUCUCUGAGCUUGAAGCAUUUGCUCCUACUCCCCCCUACUGCGAAGCCUUCCGAUACGGGGAAAACCAGAGCCGGUCAAAGUCUCCCUACCAGGCGGACCCGAGAUAUCGCUGCUAG